AUGAUCCUGAAGGAACGACGCACUGAUGUUAACUCAGUGACAAACUGGAAUGUCCCACUUGUUUGGGAAGGAACCUUUGACCCAGUAGUAAUUGAUGCAAUCUAUAAAAGAAUGGAUCCAAGAGUUGCUGUGAUUGUUUUCGCCAUUGGCAAAUAUACUCAGUUCAUAAAGGCCUUCUUGAAGUCAGGUGAAAAAUAUUUUUUGGUUGACUUCAGGGUCACAUAUUAUAUCUUCACAGACCACAAAGAAAACGUUCCUCAAGUUAAACUGGGCCGCAGUCGGAAUAUCUCCGUGAUCACUGUCCCGAGCGCUAAACGUUGGCAGGAAGUGGUGUUUGGUAGGAUGAAGUGGGCAACCAUUGCCAUUGAAACUCAGAUCGUGAACGAGGCUGACUAUGUUUUCAUGAUGGACAUUGAUAGUGUCUUCCACAACCGCUUUGGAGCUGAGUCCCUCAGCAGACUCUCUGCUGUGUUGCAUCGCAUCUAUUACAAGAACACCCAUCGGGACAGUUUUCUGUAUGAGCGUCGUCCCGAAUCCACAGCCCACAUUCCUGCUGGCAAAGGAGAUUACUAUUACACUGCGGCUGUCUGGGGUGGCUACGUGGAGGACAUGUACAAGCUAGUCAAGCAAUGUUACACUCAAGCAGAGGAGGAUUCCAAGAACAAUAUUGAGGCUGCGUGGCAAGAAGAGAGUCACCUCAACAAGUACCUGCUGCACAACAAGCCCGCCAAGGUGCUGUCUCCAGAGUACCUGUGGUCCGACUACGAUGCGGUACAAGCAGACAUCAAAGUGGUCAGGAUCUCCCAACUGGUCAAGGACUAUGCAAAAGUGCGGCCCAAUUAAGGACACUGAUGUCAAGUGUCAAGCUAAAGAGGGACGGCUGGCUGAUGUGCAAAUAUG